AUUCGGCUGCUAACCAAAAUGUCAGUGGUUCGAACCCACCAGCUGCUCCUCAGGAGAAAGAUGUGGCAGUCUGCUUUCUGAAGAUUUACAGCCUCGGAAGCCCUAUGGGGCAGUUCUACUCUGUCCUAGAGGGAUGCUGAGUCGGAUCUACUCUAUGGCAGUGGGUUUGGUUUUCACCAGCAGUGGUCAGCAGAGGGAGCAAGAGAAGUUUUUAGUGACUUUCAGUUGCUUUUGUUUUUGUUUUCAUGAACUCAAAAUCAAGAGAUGAGUGAAGGCCAGAAUGAACUGCCUCAGGAACUUGAGAACCAGUUUAUACUGCGUCUGCCUCCGGAACAUGCUUCUACUGUCAGGAAGAUGAUACGUUCUGGAAACAUCGCCAUGAAGGAUAAACUAAAAAUUGAUUUACAUUCUGAUGGACGUCAUGCAGUUGUUCAGGUAGAAGAUGUCUCACUAAAUGCUAAACUGGUUGAUUUGCCCUGUGUUGUUGCAAGCCUGAAAACUCUUGAUAAAAAAUCGUUUUAUAAAACAGCAGAUAUUUCCCAGAUGCUCGUGUGCACCACUGAUGGUGAUCUGCAGUCUUCUCCAGAACAAUCAGUAAGUUCUACUGAUGCUAAAGACAUCGAGGCAGAUGAUGGGAAGAGACGGAAAAAAUAUAACUGGAAACAUGGCAUUACUCCACCACUUAAGAAUGUCAGAAAGAGAAGGUUCCGGAAAAUAAAAAAAAAGUCCACUGAUGUCAAAGAAAUAGAAGAAAUCAGUUUUGCUGAGUACACUGAAUCUCCAGAUGUGGAAAAGGAAGUGAAGAGACUGCUGUGUUCAGAUGCUGAAGCUGUCAGUGCCCGAUGGGAAGUCAUUGCUGAUGGUGAAACCGGGGAAAUAGAAAGCCAAGGCACCGUUCCAAGCUUUGAGUUUUCCUCAGGAAUGACUGGCCACAAGCGGGGUCCUUUCUUAUCAGCAGAAUAUGAAGUUCUUCGAGAGCUGUUCCCUGAUUAUAGCAGUGAUGAUGAUGAUGACGACGAUGAUGAGAAGCAGGAGGAGGAAGAGGAGGAACCUGAAGAGUAUGAUGAGGAGGAAGAGGAGAAAGACGACAGUGAGGAUGAGGACGAGGAAGAAGAAGAGGGAGAGGAGGAGAACAAGCAGGGAGAGGAGGAGAACAAGCAGGGAGAGGAGGAGAACAAGCAGGGAGAGGAGGAGAACAAGCAGAGAGAGGAGGAGAACAAGCAGGGAGAGGAGGAGAACAAGGAGGAAGAGGAUUCUGAAGAGGAUCUGAAAAGGGAGCUACAGGCCAAGUUCACUGAACUAGGCCAUUAUGAGGCAAAGGAAGCAAAAAGUUUAAUAGUCAUGGAACUUCAGAAGCAGAUUUGUGACAUGGAGAAGACGCUCAAACAGACUCGGGGCAGAAUAAAAAGACAAGUGAGUCUUAUCAAUAAAGUGGAACACUCAGCACUCAGGGUAAGUUCUUGUUGGCUGAUUCAAAGAAAUUCUGAUAUCUUACUUCCCAGAUCCCAUCUUUUGUUUCCACUCAUGUCAUCUCUGUGCAUUAUCUUUUUCAUUCAUGAACCUGAACAACCUCUUAGAGACUCAGUAAAAGAUAGCCUUGUUUCCUUUUACCUGAGUGAUUUUAAUCUUACAUCUGUAGUCAUUGAAGGGAACCAGUUUGACACAACUAAUUUAAGGUAUUGUUCUUUAGAAUUACAAAAUGAGAUAAGAGAUACUCAUUUACAGUUUGUGCUGGAGCAGCUUAAAUUACAGGAAAAGGAAAAAAUUGAGCAGCUUAUUUCCCUACAGAAACAAUUAAAAUAUGUUCUGGAGAAGUGAGAAGGACCUUCAGCCUGGCACACGAACCUUGGAUUCACCAUCCAGACUGAACACCAAAUCAAACUGUUUGUGUCUGUCCAUUUAUUUGCCUUAUGUUGAAUUAGUUGUAUUUGCUUCUCUGAGCCUUUCAGCCAGUUAUAGUGUAUUCAAAGUUUGUAGUCACGUAGAAAGGGACAGGGUAUAAAAACGUAGUAGACUUAAAGUCCCAACUCAAUUAUGGGACCUUGUUUCUCUUUAUCAAUUUGAGAAUAACUUCUCUUGUUUCUGCUCUGUCGUGCCAGCAAAAGAUUCAGUCAUGCUUGGCGAAGGCAGAGAGUCUAAACUUGGAGGCUAUAUAGCUAGUUUGCGUGUUUUCACUUUUCCCUCUCCUGUCUGUUUUAAGUAUUUUCUCCAACAUAGAGAAAAAGAAGUCAUUUCUACCAAGAGCUAAGACCUGCCACAGUGAAUUUAAGUGCCUACCUCGCAGCAGUUAGUACUAGGUUGUGUUAACGUCUCUAUUCAUGUAAUAGGGGCUGCUUUCCUGCUCAGGGAUGAUUUCUUGCUGCUGCUGUCUUUGUUCUGUUGUUGUGUUUUUGUGAUUGUGGCUGAUUGUUAUUAGCCAGCUAAGGGGGGAGUAGUGAGGCAGAGCAGAGAUGAAGAAAAUUCUGAGCUGGCGUCCUUAUUCGGAGCCUUCACAUCCUAAUCUCCACCAGAAACGGUCAGGGAAAACCAGAUGGCCUGUGAUGGCUGUGAACAACCGUGGUUGGUUUUUUAAAAGCUGUGUUAUGAAGAUGUUUUGAUCUGUAUUCUUUAAAGAAUAAAUCAGUUCUUUGUUUUAAAUGGAUUUCUGGCAUUUCAGUAAACCAUCCCUAUGAAGAGAGCACUCACAUCUAAAGGGAAACUCAUGAGACAAACAACAGACUCCACAAUUAGGAAAUGACAGUAAGCUGCUGUCAGUACUGGGACAUCCUUCUAGAGAGUUCUUAUGGAAACUCCUCGUGAACUAAGCAAACAAUCUCAUUAACCACAUAUAGUAUUGGAUUUGGAGAACGAGGGUAUAGGGAAGAGAUAAAAAUGGCAUCUCCGAUAUUUAAACAGAAUGAUCCUGUAGUGGAAUGAACACAAGGUUGAAAUCUCGGCUCUGCCACACUUGUUGGGCAAGUUCCUACACCCUUUAGAACUUCUAGUUCCUCCUCUUAAAUCAAGGGUAAUAAUGCCUACCACCAAGAGGGAUCUGAAGGUUUUCUGAAAGUAAUCCAGCUACAUCCAGUUCUGGUCACAAUUGAAGAAGUUGGUGCUGCUCUAGGAGUUACACUCUAGUUAUCUCUGCUGCUUUUAGUCCUAUUUCAUGUCAAAGUUCAAAGCCAAGGGCAGAGAAGAGGAGGUCAGUGUGUGGGCAGGACCUAUUGAGGCAGUAUGAAGACAGAAGACAUGCUGGGGGGAAAUGGAGGGAAAGAAGACUAAGGGAGAUAGGCAUGAUAAGGGCAAACAAAAUGAAUCCGAGAUUAGGAGAGAAGUCAGAAGACAGCUUGAAAACUAAGAAUAUUUUUUCAGAAAACAAGAAUGGAAAAGAGAAUAAAGGAGAAAUAAAGGAAAGGAAUUGAGUGCCAGAGACAACAUGAGGGUAGAAGCUGAGUUUGAAAAGAAGAUAGGCCUUUCCAGAUGAAUGAAGAGAGGGAAAUAGAGCAGAAACGGAUAUAAAGUACCCUGGGUACGUGGCUGGAGAUACUAAGGCCAGUGAGAGUGGCACAUGUGCAACAGGUGCCACCUGGGCAUAAGCGAGGUAGAAGAGCCCUAGGCCAAGCCCUGCUCAUUAGUGCAGCCCAAGAACAGCCAGGGCUCUGUUGAGAGACAGGGUGGUGGGGGAGACAAUAGCAUGGGGCAAGGGAAAACUAGCUUGUCUGCAGUGCCUUUCCAUUCUCUUUGCUACCACUUCUCUCGGCAACCCAGGGUAACUGCCUCAUCACUGCCUUCUAGCAACCAGAGGCUUUUUGCUGCUGUGUCUCCCCACCCCACAUUCAACACACACACACUGACAUCUCACAAAGUUUUCCUUUUCUGUAUAGCUCGGUGAUUCUCAGACUUUGCCACAUUAGAGACCUGCAGUGUCCAGGAUGGUAUCCACUAGCUGUGUGUGGCUAUUAAGCCCUUGACAUAUGGCCAGCCCCAGUUGAGAUGAACUGUAAGUGAAACCACAAAAAGACAUGUGGGAUUUCAGUAGGGAAACUGUUCUGCGCCAGCGCCCAGCUGACCUUGAAAUGCAUCCACAGAAGCCAUGUAGGCAAGGCUCAACCACAGCUGACUCAGGUCAUGGCAAAAUGCAAUGUGGGCCUCCCAGAACAUGGGCAGACAGGCAGUCUUUCUGAAGAGCUGCUACAAUACCGUUUCUCAUUCGCCUCCCUAUCUUGAGGGAGGCUGCCAUAAGGCAGGUUCUCAUCCACCUCAUUCUGGUGAAAAAUAGGACUUUUGCCUGUCCCCACCCCUGUAGGAUACAGCUGCAGGCCAGAAAACUGCUUAGCUGCAGGAUGGAAUUGGCUACUCAGCAACAGGGUGCCCCACUACUCACGUUGAGUGUCAUCUGGACCCUUUUGUUUCAGUGUCGUCCUGUGAGAGGA